AGCCUCUUAGUAACACACUUAGCAGAGGGCUAAAACAGAAUCACUGCAUGAAGACAAGUAUAAGCAAAGUUUUACAGACACAUAAUGGAGAUCUUUAACACACUGCUGUUGGUGGGCCUUGUCUUGCUGUUGGUGUUGGUGCUCAGGUGGAGGAGAAAUGCUUCUGGAGUUCGUUUGCCACCAGGGCCAUUUGCUCUUCCUCUUGUCGGCAAUUUACCUUGGAUGAACAAACACAAGCCCUUCCAAUCCUUCAUGAAGUGGAGUAGGGAAUAUGGACCAGUCCUGACUGUGUACAUGGGACCCCAAAGAGCAGUGGUUCUGGUGGGUUAUGACACAGUCAAAGAGGCUCUGGUGGACCAGGCUGAUGACUUCACGGGCCGAUUCCAAAUCCCUUUCGGUCAGAGAAUACUCAAAGGUUAUGGCUUGGCCAUCAGUAAUGGAGAAUGCUGGAAACAACUAAGGCGCUUCACACUCACCACACUCCGGGAUUUUGGGAUGGGACGCAAAAGGAUGGAGGCAUGGAUUCAGGAGGAGAGUAAACAUCUACUGAACAGCAUGAGUGAAAACAAAGCUGCUCCCUUUGAUCCCAUGGUCUUCCUAAGCCGAGCUGUGUCCAAUGUUAUCUGUGCUCUGGUGUUCGGUCAGCGUUUCAGUUACGAUAACCAUCAUUUCCGGGACCUGCUCCAAAUCAUUUCUGACGUAUUACGCCGUGGUAGCACCCCCAGUGGACAGUUGUACAAUAUCUUCCCUCGACUGAUGGAAAUGCUGCCGGGGGGGCACCAAACUACCUUCAAAAACAUGGAGAGACUACGCAGCUUCGUUAUGGAGAGGAUAGAAGAACACAAGGAAAACCUGAAUCCUGAAGACCCACGAGAUUUCAUCGACUGUUUCCUCAUCAGACUCAACCAGGAAAAGGACAAUUCAAAUACAGAGUUUCACUAUGAUAACUUGGUGGCCACCUGCUUCAACCUGUUCCUGGCUGGGACCGAGACCACUAGCACCACUAUCAGAUAUGCCCUAAUGCUACUUAUCAAAUACCCACACAUCCAAGAGCACAUGCAGAAGGAGAUUGACACUGUGAUUGGGCAAGAGCGUAGUCCCUUAAUGGAAGACAGGAAGUCCCUCCCCUUCACUGACGCAGUGCUCCAUGAAGUGCAGCGUUACAUAGAUUUAGUGCCUCUCAAUGUUCCCCAUUAUGCCACUCACAACAUCUCCUUCAGGGGCUAUACUAUUCCUAAGGACACUGUGAUCUUUCCCAUGCUUCACUCUGUGCUGAGGGAUGAGAACCGCUGGCAAAAACCAUGGAGUUUUAACCCUGAACACUUUUUGGACAAGAAUGGGAACUUUAAAAAGGACCCUGCUUUCCUCCCUUUCUCUGCAGGUAAACGAUCGUGUGUAGGUGAGUCUCUGGCUCGUAUGGAGAUCUUUCUUUUCAUGGUGUCUCUGCUACAACACUUUACCUUCACUUGUCCUGGUGGUCCUGAGAGUAUAGACGCCAGUCCCGCGGUCAGCAGCUUUGCCAAAUUGCCCCGCAGAUAUGAGCUCAUCGCCACCCCCCGCUGAUCAACUGUGGUUCUGCCAGCUAAAUCCAUGGAUUAACCACACAGCAAUUACUCAUGAUUUAAACAGACAUGGCUGACAUAUAUUGAUGGAAUACACUGAUUUCUGUUAAAACUGAAACAUUAAUCCUUAUAUUCUCAACACACUAACAAUGUUGUUUUAGUGUGUUUGAAAGCUUCAUUUGUUGAUAUGAGUACCUAUGGAGUGCUUAACAGAUUUUUGGGGUUGUGGUGUUUAAAGGCAGGAGCAACCUCUGUCCAGUUAGAGGGCUGCUGGUUGUAGAUUAGCGAAUUCUCAGGGUUAGCGCUGGGGAAAAAAGGGACCACUCAUCCACUGAAAGCAUCACUUAAUGACAGUUUUAACAUGAGGAAAAGUCUUGUGGAAGAUCAAUCAGUCUGAAUCAUGUAAAAGUUUCAAUACCUGUUAACACCAUUCAGCACAAUCUUCAACAAGUAUACAGUAAUCCAGGGGUGGGCAAAUCCAGUCCUGGAGGGCCGGUGUUCUGCUGGUUUUUGUUUUCACCUCUUAGGUACCUGUUGAU